UCUAAUUGUCACUAUAAAAAUUUUAAUUAAUUAUCAGUAAUUGCUAUCAUUCAAACUAAUAACCAGUUAAUUAUUUAAAAAAGUUAAAAUGUCUCUCUUUGGAUCGUUGAUGGGUGAUAUUGAAGACGACCCAAUUUUCGGGUCACACAUGCAAUCGAUGAAUAGCAUGAUGAACUUCUUCAGCAAUCCCUUUGGCAUGAUGACACCAGCCCUUAUGGGUCCAGGCCAGGACAUGAUGACCCAGCGCCGUCAUCCUGCUGCUCCUGCUAGAAAUAUUCACAAUCAGAUGAUGCCAUUUGGGUUUCCAAUGCCGCCAAUGAAUAUGAAUGCCAUGUUUUCUAACUUUGACAACAUGGCCGGAAGUAAUUGCAUGACAUCAACAUCAAUAAUGACCUACACAAAUGGUCCCGAUGGCCGUCCCCAAGUGUACCAGGCUUCUAAAUCAAUGCGCGCUGGUCCAGGUGGAGUGAAGGAGACCAAAGAAUCCGUCUUUGACUCACGCUCAGGCACCAAGAAGAUGGCCAUCGGCCACCACAUCGGCGAGAGAGCUCACAUUAUUGAAAAAAAGAAGGAUCUUCGUAACGGCGAGGAAGAGGAGCAUCAGGAGUUCAUAAAUCUCGAAGACGAUGAAGCAGAUAAUUUUAAUCAAGAAUGGGAGCAACGUAUCCGUAGCCAUGGACGGGGAAGUCGCAACGAUGCUCAAGCAGCCAUUGAUUACUCACCCCAUCACCGAAGACAUCAUCAUCAUCAUCGUGGUGGCGGUGGUGAGCGACAAUUGGCACUCACUGACGGUACAACAAGACAAAAUGAACGAUCUAGAGUACCAAGUACAAGACGAAGUAUACGAUCAUUAACGAGCAAUAGUAGAAAUAAAGUCAGUGAUAAUCAAGCUGAUGACAAAACUGAGUCUGAUGAUAAACCAAAAGCUACUGAGACUUCAGGAAGACGAAAACAUGAAGAUGAUAAUGAAGAGGAUAAAGAUAAUGAUAAUAAUAAGAAAAAACGACACUUAUCUUCUAGUGAUGAUUAAUUACUGAGCAAUAAAUUACAACUUACGUCUAUUAUUAACAAUAAUAAUAAUUAAUCACUAUUAAUAUUUAAUUACUCUAGUUAAAUAGACGUAAAUUGUUUUACUCAGAUCUUAAAAAUUAUAAAACUCAACUAUUGAUAUUCCAAUUUCUUUUCUACGUUUUUUUUUAGACAUGAGUAUUAAUUUAUAUUUGUAUCAUGUAUACAUAUAUAUACUAGUAAUUCUUCAUUAUAUAUCUUCCAAUUUUUUUAGUUUCUUAUAAAAAUUUAAUUAAUUAAUUUGCAAAUCGAUAUAUUUUUUUUUAGUUAAUUAAUUAGCAAAAAAUAAAUGAUCCUGAAGUUAGAAGACAAAAAUUUUUUGAUUCUGUUUCCAAAAAUCAAUGAAAAAAAAAAAACUACAAGUGUAAUUUUUUUUUUAAUUUAUCGUUAAAAAAAUUCAAAAAUUACAAGACGUCGGCUAAUUUCAGUAUCAAAAAUAAUAUCUACUGAUAUAUUGAUGUGCUCAUAUAUGAUUGUAUAAAUAAAUAUGACUAUAUAAGAAAAUUUAUUAUUUUUUCAGUCAUAAAUAUUUAUAUAUUUACAUAUAUGAUAUCUGAUUUUUUUUAGCGAUCAUUUAAAAUAAUUACGUUUUUUUUACGCGCUGUUUAAUAUUUUUUAGAAAACUAUUUUUCCGUCAUAAAUAAAAUAAUUGAUUAAAAACAUAACAUUUGGGAGAAUUAUCGCAGUGUUAAAAAUAAUUAAUUAAUUUUCUUAAUUUAAAUUACAAGGUUGUAAUAAAUAUAUUUUUAUUAUAAAUUAUUUAUAAAAUAUUUUCUGCGAUAUCUCCCUGAUUAUUAAAUAUAAAUAAUAAUAAUAAUAAAUUAAUUAUAAAAUAAAAAUAUAAACGUCACAUACUCUCGGUAAUUUCAUGUAUUAAUUUAAAUUAUGGACUUAAAUAAAUAUAACAAUAGACAUAUUUUCAUUUUUAUGGCCAUUUUAUUGAAAGCAAAACUAAAUUACAAUUUAGAUAAUUAUAAUAAUUAAAAAAAAAAAACAUUAAUUAAAAUCUGUACCGUCACCAGAAAUAAAAAUUUAUCAUUAACUGUCCGUCGAUCUAAUGAAGUAGUUUAAAAAUUAUAAUAAGUCUACUAAAGUAUUGUAGUAAUUAGUAAUAAUAAUUAUAAUAAAUGAUUAAUAAUAUGAA